GAAGAGGUCAUUGAAUAUUUUCCAGUGGUAGGAUCGAAUUGGGAGGACCGUUACCAGGAAGGUCUGCAGAAGUGUUUUGAAAUGCAGGCUAAAAGACAGAAGGUUGAAGUGAGAGUGGAACAUGAACCUGACAAUAUUUCUGACUGUAAUGCACUCAAAUUUGAAGUGCUUUUCAAUGGACACUGGUUUAUCAUAGGAUAUUGUGGGGUGAAAAAAAUUCCCAAAUUAAAGAGGGCACUGUUUCAUCAUCAAGUUAUUUCUCUGGAACUGUCACAUUUACGAAGAAUUUGGUAUCCAGCUGUCUGUGACUUUAGAUUUGCUGCAGGAGUAAACAUACUGAAACUUGGACAGUGGGGAAAGGAUGACCCCAACAACAGACAUAAUUCUCCUAUUGAUAUGAGACAUUAA